CAAGGGAACACCCCUUUGCUGCUGCAGGCGGGGCAUAGUGUGAAUUCAGGAAAUUGAAACAAAGCCUGUUCCACUGCCCAGAGGGAGCCAUGGCUGCAGAGAACCCCAUGGAAAGUCUCCAGGAUGAAGCUACAUGUCCCGUCUGUCUGGAGCAUUUCACAGAACCUGUCAUUCUGGAGUGUGGGCACAAUUUCUGCCGAGCCUGCAUCAGCCAGUACUGGGAGGGAUCCGAUACAGCCGCCUCCUGCCCUCAGUGCAGAGAAACUAUGCAACAGGGAAACCUCAGGCCCAACGUGCAGUUAGGAAACAUGGUAGAAAUCGCCAAGUGGCUGAGUUUACAAGCAGCAAAGGGAGCAGGAGGGGACGGGGUGUGUGGGGAACACCUGGAGGCUCUGAAACUGUUCUGUGAAGAGGAUGAAACCCCCAUCUGUGUGGUGUGCGACAGAUCCCGGGCUCACCGCGCUCACACGGUGGUUCCCAUCCAGGAGGCUGCACAGGAGUACAAGGAAAGAAUCCAGGCCCAUUUGAAAACUUUGAGGGAAGAAAGAGAAAAGCUCCUGGGAUUGAAAGCGACUGGAGAGGGGAAUAGCCGGGAGUAUCUGAAACAAACACAAACCGAGAGGCAGAAGAUUGUGUCCGAAUUUCAUCAACUGCGGCAGUUCCUGGAGGAACAAGAGAUAUUAGAAGCACCUUAG